AUGAGCCCUCGCUCUCACGAUUCCAAUGCCUCCUCGACAAAACCAAAGAAGAAAAACGUUGAUUCUGCCUCCUCGCCCUCGGUGAACGCAAGCUCGGUCUCAAGCUCGCCUCCGAUCGCCCCUGCUGAUUCCAAGCAGGGUGUUCGCUCGAUCGAAUCUGCACCUGCUGCCUCCGAAGCUGUCCACCAAGAUGCACGCGCAGGUGGUUCGGCUUCCGCUUCAGCUGCUUUGGCGCCUCGAUCCUUUGUAGCAUCCGCACUCAAGCCAGUAUCGACCAUCGAGACGGUCACUUCCACCAUCUCUUCCCUCUCGCAGCAGGCAAAUCGCGGCAUCUCGAAUCUCAUCGCGGCUCACUCCAACAAUCCUGCUUCGCCUCAAGCCAUUCCCGCCGCCGACCAGACGAGCGCUCUUCGCACCGAUGGCUCCGUCUCUCCCAUCUAUGACGCCUUUCACAAUGCAGGCACUGGUCCUGAUCCAAACAGCAUCGAGGCUGCCCUUCGCUCGGCACAUCAGGUCGACCAGCCACGGCCUCACAUCCUUUGGUCACGCUGGGACCGCAUUCCCCUGACAUCUCGCCCACUCAGGUUUGCACCACUUUUAAUCUCCUAUUUUGAUGACGGCACCCUUCAAGCGCUUCUCGUUCAAGAUCGCAACAUCACCGAGCUGCUCUCGCUCCCCAAUGCGGCAGAUGCCUUGCUCGACCGUCCUGCCUCGUCUUCUAAUGCAAGCUCCAAGCUUUUGACUGCUGUGGUUCGGCCUCCUGCUGUCGACUGCACUGAUCCGCAGCUGCUUGUGGUGCUGCAGGAACCCGACAAUGCGACAUGCUUGCUUGCUUAUUCUCUCUCGGCUCAUCAGGUGCAGGCAUCGGCACAUCUUCAGCAUCGCGCCACUUCUCUGCCUCGGCAACCGGAACACGCCGAGACCCGCAGAGACAUCCUCUGGCCACAAGUACAGGCUCAGUGCAACGCGCGAUUUCUCGUGCUCUCCUUUGCUGCUCCUGCGUCCAUUCACGUGCUCUCCACUUCCACCUUGGAAUACGUCUGCGCCCCGAUCCUGGACGUCUCGGCUGCGUCAUCGGAGCGUCCGCCUCCCAUCUCCCUCUCGCAUCGUCUUCUCGCUUUCGCCUGCACCCCCUCAAAGGACAUCUCCACCGUUCGCUCUGAUUCACGGAGGACAUCGAGUGCAGCCUACCAUGACCCAUCGCGCUCCUUCGCAGGCACGCACUCAGAUGCAGCUGGACGCGUCGGGGAAAUGCGCGACAACCUCUUCGAGACCUCGGCACAUGUUGGCGACGCUGCCCGGCGCAUCCGCGGCGGUGUCAUGACCGGCGUGCGCACAAUCGGAGAAUGGGGCAGCUCUUACUGGCCACAAGUUGGCAGUCCGCCGGGCGGAGCGGCCUUCUCCCCUCCGCAACCGAGUUUGCUUUCGCAGUCGGCUCCUCACACGGCUGCGCGCCUCUCACGUCGAACCUCUUCGGCGUCGAGUUCCCCCAUGCUCUCAGCCGUAGACGGUGGCCACGCAGCGAGACGUUUGCCGCCCGCUGGACUAUCAGGUGCGGACAGUGGCGGCGGUCCUGUUCAAGGCGCGUCUACCAACUACGCUGCGUGUGUGCGGGUCAUCGAUCUGGCUGCCUCUGCGCGGGCUGUCUGCACGUUCGCCCCUUUUAGUAACGCGGUCGCUCUGCUCUCCUUGAGCCCCUGCGGUCGUCUGCUGCUCACCGCCGACACGCUUGGACACGCCUUUCACGUUUUCGAGAUGCCGGCGUCGGGCUCGUUCGGGAACGCUGCGCAUCCCUCGUCGUCCGCGCCUGUCUCGCAUCGUUACAAAUUGAUGCGUGGCAUCACUACCGCAGACGCAGUGCACGCCGAGUGGAGUUCGGACGCGCAGUGGGUCGCUGUCGGCACGCACAGCGGCACGGUGCACAUCUAUGCUGUCAAUCCGUUUGGUGGCGCCCCUUUUAUCACUAAUCACGUCCAAGGCAAAAUGAAGAACCCACAGGCGCUUCAGCUCCUCGGGGUAUCGCUCGCCAGCCUUGCAAGAUCUGCGCGACCUUCAGCGCCUUCGCAGCAGGGAACGCUUCCCAAACCAGCCGGCGCGCCCGGACCAGACGCUCCGACAACGCCCAGUACGAUCUUGCUAACGAAGACCGGCUUCCCUUCCUUCUUGCUGCUCGAUUCAGUUCCGCGAAGUCGCCGUUCCGACAACGAUGCAAGCUCUCCAUUCGAGCUGCUGACCAGCGAUGCGCGCACAGCCAGCGUGACUCUUCAUGCGGUCCGCUGUUGGAGCACGCAGACGCAAGCAACGAGUGCCGGCAACAGCAUGGAGCAUGGGCACGCCUCCAGCUCCGACUCAAGUCGUCGUUCUGUCGCAGCCACAUCGCCGCGGUCGUCGGGUCUCUCGCAGAUGAUGCGCAAGGCAGGUGAAGGAUUCCUCCCAUCCCAGCAGCCGCCGCGCUUGCAAGCCGAAUGCGUCCGUAUCGCGCUGUGGGAUCAGCUCUUGCCUGAAGCCGGCGCCGUCACGAGACACACUGUGCCCGCUCUGGAGGAUCUCGCGAGCAUUUCGCGCUCAGCAGGUCAGUCGCAGGCUCCCGUCACAAAGCCUCUAGCAUCGGUGGCCAAGGCCGAGAUCGAGACGUACAGCCAGUCGCCAGCCAUGCUGCCAUCUUCAAUCUUCCUCUCUCGACAAACUUUCUUCCACGCACGCACACGCAACACCAACAAACCGUCCGCCGCAUUGAUGGGGACAAAGGAAUCGCUGCGCUGCAUUCAGCGGCGCGGCUCGCGUCCCAUCCAAGUCCGCAGAACAGCCCGCUUGGUGUCUCGGGAGCCUUCUUCCUCUGAGCCUUCUAGUUCGUUCGAUGACAGCUUGGCAGGUGCUCUCGACCAGAUGUCGUUCGACCCCGAGCAUCUACCGCCACGCAGCGCUUCGGCGCACAUUCCUAGCUUCCCUCAGGGACAACGUGGCCGAUCAGCGGGAUGGACGACGGGCAGUAGCAUACCGAUCCGUAUCGUCUCCAGCGGUCUCGGUGGCAUCUAUCGGGCAGGCAAGGAGCUCGGCCGUGGAGUCGACAUGGCAAGGCGUCGCACAGGUGGUGCUGCUGCCAAUGACGCGACCGAUGGGCGGGCCGAUCUCAAGAGCGCGAACGCGGCGUCGGUCUCUUUCGAAGGAGACACCGAGGUCGACCUGCUGGGCGGAGAUGCAAGUGACGACCGUUCAGAAGGCGAUCGCUAUGACCGAAGCCAUGCAGCUGCGAGACGAAUUGACCAUGGCUCAGCGCGAUCCGACCUGUCGCUGCUGUCUACGCUAGCCAACGAGGCGCCAACCAGAGGCUCGCAGCCGAGCUCGGCUGAGACCCCAUCGACGCGAUUCAGCGAAACCGAGGACCCGUCCGCAGAUGCGGAUGACUGCGAUUGGGACACUCUCGACGCAAGUCGCAGUCCUGCUGCUCCGAUAGCUCCCCAUUUCGACGUCAUGGACACGGACACCGGGUCGAGCAGUAAAAGGGAAGAGCUGCCAGGCAUUCCGGAAGAUCUGGGCAUCAACAGUGCGGACGACGAGUUUACUCUCGGCUUGUUCGAGGAGGACUCCGGCGACGCCACCGUCUUGCAGUCGCGAACGAGCCUGUCUCCACCACAGGAUCUGAGCAACAAGAUCGGGGCGGCGCGACGCGAGCUCGUAUAUGCUCUGCCCUCCGGUGGCUCCACGCGCUCAAGUCUCUUAAGCCAGAGCAGUGGCUUGACGACGAUGGCCGACAAUCGAAGUGAAGGCAAGGCCAGUCAGCCGAGCCCGAGGGAUAGCAGUCCAUCCAACUCGGACGGAGGCGAUAGUGGCAGUGCUGGCUCCGGCAUGCUUUGCGAAGGAAGCAAGGUAACGCAGACUCCUGACAGUCUAUCGGCGUCUGCAGCGGAACCCGUUGCCUCCGACAAGGACGGCCUUCUCAGCAGCAUAGAUGCCGUCAGCGCUGCAAAGCCUAUCUCGAUCAGUACGUCGGGAGGAGGAGCAAAGAAGAAGAAGAAGAAGGGUGGGCGCUGA